UUAUUAUUGUCCUUAGUGAUUAUCUCAAUUUCGGCUAAAAGAUUUGACAAAAUCCUACACACUGUGCCUUUAAAAGUCAGAGUGCAAUACACAUAUAUUUCUCAACCUUUAGUUUUUUUAAAUGUAGAUAUUUUCUGUUUCUUUCCUUUUUUAGGGUGAAUUGGACACAAAAACACACACAAAAAAUACAAACACAGAACCAUGGUGACCAAAAAAGUCAGGACAGAGUAUAUGAAGAAGUUCAGAGAUCCCAAAUGGGAGACAUUUUCUAAAUGCUAUGAGGACUCUCUGAAGUACCGUUUGACCCGCCGCUUGAUGGAGCAUUCCCACAGGCCCUGGCUUUGGGAUGGCUGGGACAGUGGUUCUGACUCCAGCGGCUGGUCCACACCCAGACUGACCAGGAACAAGGUUGCCCCUCUGUCUCUGCCACCGCCUACAUGCUCAGAGGUCCAGCAGAGGCUGUCGGAGGUAAAGACUAGUCCUGGAUCAGAGCUGUGUUCUGAGGUCAGAGAGACCCAUCUGGGAACAGGAGAGGCUCCGGUUGAAAACGCUGCAUCAACCACAGCACCAGUUGUAGAAAACGGAGUGAAUGGGACCAGUGGAGAGUUAGUGACAGAAGCUCCGAACACGAGCAGGCUUUCAUGUGACACGGCGACGGACGACGGGCCGGCUAACUCCCCAUCUUCUGACGAAGAGCCGGUGAACCCCACACCGCCAAGGUGUCCCCGCCGGCGCACUCCUCGCUCAGAGCCGGGGAACAAAAACAGCUCCCCCAAAGACAAACCAGCUGUUGUCCAAAAGCCACCGAGAGCCAAGAGUCAGCCACCAGUCAGCACCAAGGAGAACAGGAGACCGUCCAGCCGACUGGACRGGACCGAGACACAGGUGGAGAGCCACACGUCUGACGCCUGCGUUCAAACCCGCAGAGAGUUCGAUAAGAGGAGGUCCAACCAGGACCGCCGGCGGGCUCGAUCAGCUGACCUGGAGAAGUUCAAGCGUUCACAGCUAACGGUAGUGGACGACCGCUGGAUGACUGAGUACAUGCGCUGCUUCUCUGCCCGGCUCAGGUAGAGCCCAGGUCCACAGAGACCCCUGAGAACAGGUCGACUCAUCAGGAAGUGUUUACAGCUGAGCUAACAGCACAGCCUGACAGGCACGUUGUCUCAAAGUGGGAUAAGUGAAGAAAGUAGYUGCUAAUACAGAUUAAAUUAUAUUAUCACAAUCAUCACUUAUAAAUGGAUCUUAUUUAACAAAACAAAACCUGUUAAUUCAGAACUUAAUCCUGGACUAAAAGGAAUCUGAGCUCUAGAUCACAUCAGACUGUUUUAUACGAGAGCGUAAAACUYUCAUUUUCCAAAAAAGAUGUGAGUUCUGUCCACACUGCAGCAGGUGUUUCCAAAAACAGGUUUCCUGCUGACGCACAGAGCUUUUCAUGAAAAAAAAACAUUACUGUUGUAUUCCCCGCUGCAAAGCUUUAAAAACUUUUCAUUUUGUAGAUCUGGCACUCUAAACUUUUAAGACAUGAGCUUGUUUUACACGUUCACUUUGUUCCCCAGAAACCAUGUAAGACCUCAUUUUGUAAUAACAGCGCYUUGUGUAAUAAUGUAAUAAAAUCAGGCUUCAAAAUGUAAUAAACUCACGUUAAAACCACAUUACGUAAUAACUGAGACAAAAUGUAAUAAAAGUCUUUAACACAUGUAAUAACAUUAAUACAUUUUGCGGCA